UCCUGGACCUCUGCAAAGCCCGGAUGGGUCGAGCCGUGUUCAGGUUACAUCUUCUGCGAAUAAGAGGAACUUCUUCCACCUUGGAGCUUCUUUCUCCCUUCAUCUGCUGCCUUCCCUUCACUGUUUCAAAGCUUAGCUCAACCAUGUCGGUAGAGAUCCGCUGACAGAGGAUGACUUCCCAGUUUCACAGUGGAGAUGACCUUGCGGAGGCGGGGUCUCUCCCCCUGGACAUUGACAACGUCCACAUGCUGCUUCAGGUGGAACAAGAACAGAUCCAGAAGAGGACUUUCACCAACUGGGUCAACGCUCAGCUGGCAAAGAGACGGCCGCCUUGCAGGGUCCUGGAUCUCUUCAGUGAUUUCCGUGAUGGCUCCAAGAUCUUGGAUCUGCUGGAGGUGAUGAGCGGUCAGCGCAUUAGCCGGGACAGAGGCAGAGGCAUGUUCCAGCACAGGAGCAACAUUGAGAAGGCUCUGGCCUUUUUGAAGAAGAAAUCGGUCAAACUGGUCAACAUAAACAUUCCUGACAUUAUGGAUGGUAAACCCUCCAUCAUCCUGGGCCUCAUAUGGACCAUUAUCCUCCAGUAUCAUAUUGAGGAGCUGGCCAGCUGCCUCUCCUUUGACUCCCGUCAAUCAUCCAUGGAGUCCUUGGCCAGUCUGGACACUCGCUCCACGCUGUCAAGCCGCUCGUCCAGCGCUAGCCCCGCCCCUCCCAGAGGCUCCCCUUUACAUAACAGAUUCCGGGUUUCUGCUAAGAAGGCCCUGCUGCUGUGGGUGCGAGAGCAGUGCCACAGAGCGGGUUGUUCGGUAAAUGUCAAAGACUUUAAGGCGAGCUGGAGAAGCGGUGUGGUUUUCUUGGCAAUCAUGUCUGCUCUGCGGCCCGACCUGGUGGAUCUAUCCAGAGCCAGAACCAGAAGCAACAAGCAGAACCUGGAGGAGGCUUUCCGCAUCGCAGAAAAAGAACUGAAAAUUCCAAGACUUCUGGAUCCUGAAGAUGUGGACGUUCGGGACCCAGAUGAAAAGUCCAUCAUGACGUAUGUGGCUCAGUUCCUGCAGUACUCCAGGGAUUUUCCAGCCAUGGAGGAGGAAUCGCAGACACAAUUCCUGACUCCUCCCAAGUGUCCUUCUCCUGUCAGCCUACCAGUGCACUACACUCCUGCUGUUUCUGCUUCACCUCUUCGAAAGGCCACACCUGACCGUAAGGCGAAGGAGGUGACUUGCUGGCUGGGUCAGGCCUACGAUGAGCUGCUGGAGGGGUGGGACUCCACGGAGGGGGAGAGCUACUCUGAGAGAUACCAUGUGUUUCAGACCUUCCUGGUCUCCUUCAAUGAACAGCGACGACCCAUCAUGCCUUUACUGACUGCAAUGAGAAGAUCUGCUACACUGAGUGAGGAGCAGCGGGCUCUCAGGGAGGCAUGGGAUGCCCUGAGUGAAAAGCUACGGGAAUAUAGGAUGGAGUUGGACAUGAGUCUUCCAGUCCCCCUGGACAUGGUGGGCAGCUGGCUGUUAAGAACUGAGGCGGCAUUGGUGGAGGAGCAAGGCGAGCCUCAGGACCACGGCCGAGCAGCUGAUGAGGCUCGAGAGAAGCAGGAGCUGCUCAGGGUUUGCCUGGAGGAGAUGCCCCAGCAGAUGAAGACCUUCCAGUCUUUCAAAAACAUGGAUGAGUAUGGGAAUAUGAUGGUUCCCUCUGAAAAGAUGGAUGAGCUGAAGAGAAGAUUCACCAGUGUCAGAGUGACGGCUAAGUACCAUGGGAUCAAGCUGGAGUACCGCGAGCACCGGCACACAGUUUUGGAUCUGCUGGGGCAGAUCAGGACAAAGCUGCACAUCUGGAAGAAGCCUUUCAUCUCUUCAGAGGCCGUCAGGGUGCUGAUGCAAGAAUGGCAUGAGAUAGUAAAUGUCCAGGAGAUACCGUCUAUGUUGGAAAGUGCUCUCCAGAAGCUGAAGCUGAUUUCUGAAAAAUAUUCCAGCAAAUCUGCCCUUGCUGCAGAUUAUCAUCAGGUCAGUCAGCAGGUGAAGCAGCUGGAGGAGGAAACGGCUGCAGUUUUAAGGGAAGUGCCAGCUAUUCGGAGCACCAUGGGCCAGGUGCUGUCAUCCUGGGACUCAUACAAUGACACCCUCAGCUCCUUCCAGGCUUGGCUUGAACAGAUCUCUGUGACGCGAAGCUACAGCAGCAGACCUUUGGUGGGAUCAGACUCUGUAGCUAAGUGGACUGCACAACAUUCUGGGCUGAAUGAGUUAGGCGGCUUCCUGAUGGGAUCAACAGACCCUCAGUGCAGCAGAAUUCUGGCAGAAGAGCUGCGAAAACUCAAUCUUCAGUGGGCAGAGUUCCUCAACACAGACCUUCCUGACGGUGCCACUGAGUCUGCUGUAGAUCACACUAAUGCACAGAACCUGCAAGUUCUGAUCCGAGAAGCUACUCUGAUUCUGAAAAAGCCUCUGGAGGUAUUGGCAGGUCCUUUACGCACCUACAGGAAAAGACUACAGUUCAUUAUGAAGGAGAUAAAAGAUGUUGAUUUGGAGCUUUUGAGUCCUUCCCUAGAGUUUCCGUCUGAACAGCUACAGAAAGUGAAGCUUGCAACACCUGAAAUAGUGCAGACCCUGUUGGAGGCAGAGCAGGUGUGUGCGGAGCUGCAAGUUUGUGUCUCUGGGCUGGACAGUAGGCUGGCUGAGCUCCUGCACUGGGAAACUGAAGCCAGGGAGCUCCAUCGGGUCCUGACGGCUUCUGAUCGACAAAUAAAGCAGCAAGGCCAGGACCCAAGAGCAAGGGCCACUAUUUCCCGGGGACUGCAACUAGAGGGGCAGGUGGUCACAGAAGAGCAGGACCUUCAGGUUUUAGUGAUGACGAGCCAAAAGAACUCCCCCAUCCAGUACAUCCAUGCCACAACCCUCCACGACAGAGUGCAGGCAACUGUUGCUCAGUCACAGGAAGCAAUAGGCAUGCUCAGCAGCCUGGGUGCCAGAAGGGACAGAAGCAGGAGUCCUCCGGAGGUACCCCCUCCCUCAAAGAUCUUCAUCCAGACUAAAGGAAAAGGUCAACAACUAAAUGAGCCAACUCAACAUCUGAAGAUCAACACUCUCCCAGCUCACUCCAGUGAUACAUUAGUGCCAAGUAUAGUGGUGCAGGAGUAUAGAGAGGAAACAAUGAAAUCCCCUCCAUUGCUUUUUAACCCCGAAGAAGGUGUGACAGCUUCACCACCACAGAGCCAGAUGAAUACUCGCUCUGAGACCUCUGCAGAAGCUCAGGAACAAGACCAUACACUGCAGCUGCAAGACCAGAACACACGAAACGUAAAUGAAGAUUUCAAACAAGAGACACAGACUCUGAAACAAAAACCAGCCGAAGAACAAGUUACAAAGGUAGACCGACAGCAGGUGGAGCAGAGUUGCAAAGAAGCCGGUCUGUUUCAGGAUCAGCAGGUGCAAGAGCUAAAAACCUCAAAUCAGAAAACAGCUGCAAAGAAAGCAUCAAUGAGCACAAAGGAGCUUCAGAGCCGAAAGAUUCAAGCCAUGAAAAACCGACCCUGGCUUCAAAAAGCAGCUUCAGGACAACAGAGAACUCAAAGCUCAAAACAAGAGUCUGCUUCGAGUCCAGGUGAAACUAGAAAGCACCAGGAUUCGACUAAGCAGACACAGCAGCGCAAAGAAGAGCAGCAAAGGCAAACGCAUCCUCCUCCAAGGGUGAAACAGCAAAAGGAAAAACUGCAACAAGAAAAGGAGCAACAACAGAAAAACCCUAAACUGCAGUCGGGUGUAAGAGAAGCCACCAAGGCUAAACUCCAGAGUGUGAGCAAGGCUCAGCCUAAUUCACGAGUAAAACCAUCCCAAUCUAGUUCUGCGUCAAAGCCCCAGUCAGCUGUUCAGCCACUAGGACAGCCCAACUCCUCUAAAGACAACCAGCCAGCAGUAACCAUGCAACUCACUGAGAUGAGAGAAAAUCAACCACAAACACCACAUCUUCCACAGCCACAGGAUUCCCUGAAGGUGCAGUUAAUGACCCAGCCACCAACGCAACUAAACCUCCCGCCUGGGGCUCAGCUUCAGCCUGUCUCUGCUGGACGUGAGCCGCCAGCGCAGCCGCAGGGUCCAGCCCACGCUCCUGCAUUUGCUCAACUUCAGACAUGGCCUCAGAUACCCUCAUCUCCCCAAGCACACAUCCAAACCCCCGUUCCAUCACAUGUUCAGCUUCGUAGUCAUCCGCAGACAUGGGCCCCUGUCAGGCCCCCUUCCCCAAAACCCCUUACACAUGUUCAUUCUGAAGGCCAUGUUCAGUCAUUUCACGUGGCUCAAAACUUCCCAGUAGCUGGUUCUCAUGUGAAUCUUCAGGCCAGCUUUCAGCAUCAGACCCAACCUCAGCUGAUGAGUCAGUCUCAGGUUCAAGUCUGUCCUCCAUCCAUGGGUCAUUCUCAGGGACCUUCAGAGACCCGGGGUCAAGCCUACGUAAAACCCAGCACGGCCUUUUCUCAACCAGAGGCCAAACCACAUCAGAUCCAACCACUGCCUAACCUCCAGAUCCAAGAACGUCCUACAGACCAUCGGCCUCUUCAUUCAGUGACUGGCCCUGUGGGGCAGUGGUCCACUCAUGCCAACACCCCACCUCCACAGCAAGGACUUAAUCCACAGGGACAAAUGCAGGUUUGGACUCAAGUCAAAGCCUCACCUUCAAUGUGUGUCCAGGGUCCUCAGGCUGCAGCCCAACACCAGCUUUACCCCCAGGCUCAGAUUUCAUCACAGCAAUGGGCUGAAAAACAGCAGCAGCAUAAUAUACCCAUUUCACAACAAAGGCAUCCUGGCCCCCAGCCAUACUCUCAGCAAAGCACUGCACAUUCUCAAACAUUUGCAGCAGCUUCACAGCAAUGGCCCAAGCAAGCCCUUCAGGUCAACCCCAAUGAGUACUCCCACAUGGGGGCUUUUUAUGGGCAACCACCAAUACAUCCCCAAAUGCUUUCACAGACUUGGACCCAAACACAGCCCCCAAACCUCUCCCAGGGUACCAUGUCACAACCCCCCCAAAUGGGAGCUUAUAAUGUCCUUCAGAAAGAUCAAGGACUUUCUCCCCCACAGAGUGGGGUUCAGGGGAUGCCACAAGUACGUCACCAGCCUGAAGUUCAGCACUUUUUACCGGUUCAGUGUCAGCCCCAAACUCAGCAAUAUCCUCAGUCUCAAAUGCAAAUCCAGUCAAAACCAUCAGAUCCGCUUCAUAGUCCAUUUACGUCAAUGCCCCAACUUCAAGCAAGGAUCCAGACGCAGCUUUUGCUGCCGACUAAACCAGGACAUCAGGGUCCUUCUCCUUCUCUGCUCCAGAAGCCCACUCCACAUUCCCAACUGUCCCAACCUACUCUUCAGCCAUCAAAUCAGCCAAAACCUCUGCUAAAAAGUGAUGCAUCUCCUCAGGCAAAACCUCUGGUCCAGUUACCCCCACCGGCAGAACUGGAACCAACUUCUAUACCACAGAUUCAGACACAAAUCCAAAACUGGAAUGAAUUUCUGCUGCAGUCUCAAGUCCAGAUGCCAGGAAAAUACAUGGCUUCACCUCCUAACAAACCAGAGGCCGAAGUGCUGCAACAAGUCAGAGUACAGGCUAAGGCCGAAGGUCACCCAUCUACUCAACCUACACUUGAGUCAGUUAGACAGGUGCCCAAGCAAAGGGCCUUGACAAAAUCAGAGGUUGAAGCCACACCUCAGUCCCCAGUGCAACCUGGGGCUACAUCACAACUUGAAGUUCAAUCACUACCUGGAACCACAGCUGAGUCCCAAAUACAAGCUGAGACCCAAACAGUGACACGACCCAAACCCCAGGACCAUCAGCCACUGCAGAACCAGCAUCAGACUCAAACAACAGGACAGGUGAAGGUCCAAUUCCCUCCAGAGACCAGAGCAGAUCCGAUUCUUUCUCAAUCAAAAUCUCAAAGUGAACAUAGUGUGCGGCCCAGAUCUCAACAGCCCCAGGCUAGUCCCCCUCUUAAGGUCAAUAUGCCGUCUAAGAUCCAGGCUGAAUCAGCAGACUUCCAGAAAGCUCCAGCUCUGGCUCAAGCCCCUCCCCAGGCCUACACAGAGGCCUACAGCAGAGCCCAAGCGCUGGCCAGGAACGGCUUUGAGGAGGCCAAACGCUGCCUGCAGACGCACAUCCUGGACAUCAUCAAUGUCUUCCAAGAGAAAAGUUUGCCCGCUGAGCAAUCAUCAGUCAAACAGGAGACAUUGAAGCCUCUUGAUCCGGAGCUGCUGGAGGAGUUCCUGAGAGCAGCUGAAGGCAUGGAGGCGUUCUGCACACCUUCUCAGCUCAGAGACAUGGAGCUCUUCACCCAGUCUGUCCGCACACAGUGGGAGGCUUGCUUCUCAGCAGACUUUGUGGGGGCAGGAAAGGAUCUGGCAGCCCUGAGGAUGCUGUGUGACACCCUGAGCCCGGAGGACGCCCACCGGCUUCCUCAAAGCCAGCUCAUGGAGUGUGAGAAGAGGCUGGCUGCCAUCCAGCAUCAGUUCAGUGGAGACCAAGACCAAACCCAGCUAGACUCAAGCAGGGUUCCUCAGACAUUCAGCGAUGAUUUGAGCUCACAGAAGGAGCUAAGGAAGACAAGUGAGAAACAUCAGGUCUCAGCUGAGGUGACUGAGGUGUCUGCUGACGAGACAGAGGGGGCGGAGAAGCAGGUCUCUGCCGAGGCAGCCAGAAAAGAGGCUUUUGAAAGAUAUGAAAACUCUAAAAGGACCCUUCAAGCCCAACUGGGUAAAAAUGAACAGAGUUUGCAAGAUGUUCCUUCUGAUUCGGUUUCUCUGAAGGGCCUGCACACUCGCCUCCAAGAAAUACAGUUUAUGAGGCAGGAGACGGAGUCCCUGUGGUCUGAAUAUGCAAACCAGUGCUCUCAGUUGGGCGAGGAGGUGUUCUUGGAGCAGGAGCGGACAGGGCUGCAGGAGCAGUGGCGCAGCCAGCAGACACACCUCCAGAGGCGGGGCAGCUCUCUGGGCACGGCGCUCCGACAGAUCGACUCCACUGAGAACCACAUGGUGGACUUCAGCGAGCGCCUGGAUCGUUACCUGAGACAACCCAAAGACGUCAGCGGCUUCAGUCUGGCCAAGUCCAACAUCCUCAGAGACAUCAAGGAACUGGAUGAUAACAUUCAAAGCGAGCUGGACCAGCUGUCGCGGUUGAAUCCCGAGUCCUGUGAGCUGGAUCCUCGGGAAUGCUUCCCUCUGAUGCGCGAAGUGGAGACUCACAAAGCCAGCCUGGAUCAGCUCCGGCAGCAGGUCCGGAAGAGCGAAGCAGCUGCUCGCGCCCUGGAUCACUUUCUCAUGUCGCUGCGUACUCUGGAUGAAGACAUCUCGGGGGUCCAAGGGGCCCCCUGCAGUGAUGGCAUGCUCCUGCAGGAAUGUCGCUCCAAGCUGGCGCUGAUCAGGCAGAGCAUCGACAGUCUGAAAGAGAAGGCGCCUCAGCUGGACCUGCUCCUGCAGGGAGCGAGGCUGACCGUCACCAGGGAUGGAGCCCCCGCCUCCUGCCUGGACAUGGUCAGCACUCUGCUCAGGCGGCAGGAGGAGGCUGACGCUGGGCUGUCCAGCCAGCAGAGAAGCCUUCAGAAGGAGAGUCAGAGCAAAUCUCUGGGUUUGAGGAAGAGGAAAAUGAUGGGGGAGCUACAGAAGCUGCAGGAAACUGUUGAAAAGCAAGACCUAAAGGAGCCCACCAUUCCUGCUGUGCAGCACAUGCUCCGUGCUCUGUUGGACUUGGAGGGUCAGCUGCAGACUCUGCAGGCUGAGCUCCAGGUCCUCCGGGAGCAGCAGGACAGACCAGGAGGCGCAGAGAACCCCCUGCAGGAACUGGAGACUCAGUGGAACAACACCCAGAGAUCUUUCUUUGAUAGGAGGAAUGUGUGCAAUAGUUUGUUGGAGCUUCUGAAGAAGUUCCAGAUGAGCCGCAGUCAGCUGAGCAGCACCAUCCAGAGAGCAGAGCAGACCAUCAGUGACCAGGCCUCCUACAUGGGCAAAGACAACCUGCAGAGAUGCAUGACCAGGGUGUGUGACGUGAGGAAGGAGUUGGGGGGUCUCAGCCAGCAGAUUGAGGAGCUGAGAAGUGUUUGCAGACAGCUGCAGUCGGAGCUGAAGAAGUUCCCUGCUUGCAGCGAGCCUCGCUUUGAGGCGGAGGCUGACACACUCAUGGACAGCUGGCUGGAUGUCACAGAGAAGAUUGAUGCCUUCAUGGACAACCUUCAAGUGGGACUGGAGCUGUGGGAGAAGCAGCUGAUGCUGGGUGGUGAGGUGGACAGCUGGGCUGGAGCCAAGCUGGCCCUUUUUGCAGAGAGCCAUCCCUUCCAGCAAGAGCAGCAGGUUCUGGACAUGAGGGAUGAGAUCUGUGCCAACGAGGAGAAUGUUUCACAUUUUCACAAGAAAUCCUUGGAAAUUCAAAAGAUGCUGCAGAGUCAGGAAGCUCCUUUGGAGCUGCAGGUGAUGGAGACCCAGCUGAGGAAGAGGAUGGAGCAGGUGAAGGAGCUGUUCACUGAUUGCACAGAUGUCUUUGAAGAGCUCACCGCUGUGAGGAAACAUCUCACCGAGAAGGUCAAGGAGUGCCAGACGGCAGUGGACAACAUUCAGCACUGCCUAAAGAAACUUGACUCUUCAGAACCAGCGACGGAGUCCCAGAUGCAGGAUCUGUGUGACACUCUGGAGUGUCAGGAGGAGCGUGUGGAGGCCCUGCUCAAGGAGAUGGGCUUGGUUUCCAGUGUGGCCAGUCCUCUGGUGCUGGAGGAGCUGACUGCUGACUGCAGCACUCUGAAGGAGAACAUCGCCCACACCAAAGCUAUGAUCCAGCUGAGGCAGGAGGAGAAGGAGCAGGGAAUGCUCCAGGUCAUCAGAGAGAAGCAGCAGUCUUUCGAGGAGUGUUUCCAGGAUCUGCAGCUGUCUGUCAACGAGUGCUUUGAGAACCCUGAGAGCCGGAGCGACGUGGAAACAAACGUGCACAGACUUUCAUGUUUCCUAAAGUCCAAAGACACACAGAGACGUCUGGAGCAGCUGGAAGAUCAGCUCCAGAGAUGCAGCAGGAAGCCCCCCUCCCAGGAGCCCCGUGAGCUCAGCCAGUGGCUGAAGGAACAGCAGGAGGAGGUGUCCACCUUCACCAGCCACUGCCUCAGCAGGCAGAGACAGAUGGAGUCUCUGCUCUCUGACUUGGAGCGCCUCCAGCAGCAGCAUGACGGCUUCUGUGAGUGGAUCCAGAGCAAGGAGCAACAGUCUGUGGGGUCAGAAGACGCCAGGGGCCUCCUCAGCGAUCUGCAUGCUGGCAGCGUUAAAGCUGAAACACUCAGUGAACUCAUGGCGUCGAUACGCAGACGAGGAGUCCGAGCAGAAAACCUCCUGAAAGAUGGUGACAAUGCCAUCCAGCGCUACAGAAACCUGGAGGCUCGGCUGCAGAAACACGUCGACGUCCAGGACGCUCUUCAGAGCGAGUACUGCCACUUUAAGCGGCAGGCAGAGAACACCAAGUCCUGGAUCAGUCAACUUCUGGAUCCCAUCAUCGCUGCUGGGAGUGACAGUGUCACAGAGACGCUGAAGUCCAAAGCUCUGGCUCUUCUAAACUCCAGACCUGAAGGAGAGGCCAAAGUGAACGAUCUGAGAACGCAAAUGGAAAAUCUGCUGGAGCAGGAGGAGUUUGAGGAGAGCCGGAGACAGGAAGUCCAGCUGUUGGUCAGAGAUGCAGAGAAGGAGCUGCUUUCUGCUCUGCAGGAUGCAGAAGAAGCUCUCAGUAAGGCGGAGACACAAGCCCUGUUGGACAAACAGCUUGUUGCUCUCCGAAGCCAGAACGACAGCUUCAGGUCCUGGAUUAAAGACCUGUCUGAGAACCUGACAUCUUUAAGAGGCCACCAGGACCCCGAGGAGAAGCUAAAGAUUGCACAAACUGUUCUGAGCUCCAGGUCUUCAGGGGAGACCAGGCUCCAGGAUCUGAAGGAACAAUCUCAGAAUCUGUGGGAUAAAAAGGGGUUGAAAGAGAACAUCUCCAGUGCGGUCAGGAACACAGAGGAGCAGUGGUGGGAGGUCAUCCAGGCUGCAGAAGCGGCCGUCAAGCAGGCAGAAGAGGAAGCUGCCUCUGAGAGGAACUUUGAGGCUUUCAAAGCCCAAACUGAGAGUGUCCAGACCUGGAUCAGAGAGCAGAGGCAGAAGCUGCUGGACCUUGGAAGUCAUGCAGAGUUUGAACAGCGGCUACAAACGGCACAGGCUUUUAGGAGCUUAACCCCUGAAGGAGAUUUAAAGCUGCUUGAUCUGAAGACCUUCGGUGAGCGUCUGUGUGAGCCCCCGCAGGGAGGCAGGAAGCCGGAAGUGCAGCAGCUGGUGACCUUCACGGAGCAGCAGUGGACUUCAGUGUUGCAGAUCCUCAGACAGCUGGAGCUGCGAGCUCUUUCAGACGACUUCAGCGCUCAGACUAAAGCCACCGAGGCUUGGAUCAGAGAGCAACAGCAGACGCUGGAGGCUGUCAGCUGUCACGCCUCCCCUGGAGACAGAGUCUGUGCAGCUAAGGCUGUUCUAACCUCCAGACCUGAGGGCGACUUCAAGGUGAACAACCUAAGGAGACGAGGCCAGAGUGUGUGUGACCAUCAAGACGCUGACGAGGCCAGCAAAGUCUGCGUCCAACAGAGUGUGAAGGAAACAGAGCAGCAGUGGAGGAAGGUUCUAGAAUCGGCCAAGCAACUUCAAUCUGCAGCAGAAGCUGAGAUUUCUCAGAAUAGAGAAAGAAAAAUGUUAGAGUGGAGAGAAUUUGACACCAAUAAGGAAGACACUGAGCGUUGGCUGGAGGAUCUUCUUCAACAGCUGGACUCUGUGAGCAGCCGAGCUAAAGCUGAGGACAGACUGCGUGCAGCACAGGCCAUUGUGAACUCAGAGUCUGAAACAGAAUCCAGGCUCCAGAGGCUCGGAGCGCAGGUUCACAGUGUGUGCCGCCAGGACCUGGAGGUGCACAAGAAACAAGAAGUCAAACAGAAGGUAAAAGACAUGGAGGAGAGGUGGACCAGAAUCCUGGAAGCUGCCAAACAAGCCCUGAGUCAGGCGGAGAGCCGAUGCGCUCUUGAGCAUCAGCUGGAGGAUCUCCAGACCCUGAGAGAAGACUUCAGGAAGUGGCUGGAGGAAAAGCAGCACAACUUCCUGCUCCAGGGCAGGCUGACUAAUCCAGAACAGAGCCUCAACAACGCAAAGGAUUUGCUGAGCUGCAAACCUGACGGGGACUCCAAGCUGAUGGUGCUCAGGAGGCAAUGCCAGAGCUUCCUUGACCGGGAGGGGUUGGAGGAGCAGGAGAGGCGAGACGCUCUUGAGAUGCUGCAGGACUCAGAGGAGCGAUGGAAAACUGUGCUAGAGGCUGCUGAGAACUCUCUGCAGCGAGCUGAGGUUCGAUAUUCGCUGUUCAGGGAGCUGGAGGCUUUCUGCACGCAUGCGGGCAAGACUGCGAGCUGGAUUGACAGCUUGCAGAAACAAGCCGACUCCAUGAGGGGGGGCACUCAGGGCACCAGAGCUCAGAUUGAGGAACGGUUAAACGUUGCACAGAUCGUUCUGGGCUCCAGGUCCCAGGGAGACGCUCAGGUGACAGAGGUAAAGAGGAGAGCGCAGAAUCUCUAUGAAUACGAGGAGCUGGAGGAGGACAGAAGGGCGGAGGUGCAGCAGAGAGUGGGGGACAUGGAGGAGCACUGGAGGACACUUGUGCAGAAUGCAGAGGAGACGCAGAGACAGCUGCAGGGUCUGGUGGACCGCCUGGUGUCCUGUCAGUACAAGCGAGGACAGGCGGCGACCCGUCUGGCUGAGCUGCAGAAGCAGGUGUCCAACCUGCGGUGCGUCUUCCCCUGGCCAGGCCUGGGGGAGCGAAGGCAGGCUGUGGACCAGGCCCGUGCCCUGCUGGAGCAAAGCGCCGCCGUGGCGCCACUGCUGUCUGCUGUGCGCACCCAGGCUGCUGAGCUGCUGGAAAUCACAAAGGAUCAAAGCUGGGCAGAUCCCUGCUGGACAGUUGAGGGCGGAGCCAUCGCUGCUCUGCAGAGCGAGCUCAAUGACGUGGUGUCCCAGCUAGAGUGCAGCAUCGUGGUGGAGCGGCAGUGCACCCUGCUAUUGGAGCAGCACCAAGCAGCCCAGGUUUGGCUGAGGGAGCAGGUUAAAGGGCUGGGACCCCCCCCAGCAGACCGACAAGGUCUGCACAACGCUGUCAACAAUCUAAAGGCUUUGAUCCAGACUGUCACCAGAGAGCAGAGGGAGAUGAAGGAGCUGGACUCUGCCAGAGACAGUUUGCUGAGCCUCUGCACCCCUGCAGGCCAGGAUGCUCUGAACCUGGAGGUCAGCCAGCUCUAUGACCUCCAUGCUGGCUCUGAGAGGGAGGUGAGGGAGCGGCUGGCUGCCUGUGAGCUCCGGCUGGAGGAGAGUGACCGUGAGCUGGCCAGGAUGGCCGGGGAGCUGAGGGAGAGAGCAGCAGCCCUGCAGUGGGAGCUGCGAUCCCUGGACCAGGCGCUCAGCUACAGUGAACCACAGAACAACAUUGUUCAGCUGCAGCAGCACUGGCACAGCCUGCAGAACUGUGAGAACUCCCUGGAGGAUUUGGGCGGGAAAGUUGAGGAGUUGCACCAGGAGGUCGAGCAGACGUCUUUAACCAAAGAGCUGCCUGCAGAAAUUCUCAGUCUGGUUGAGUCUCUGUGCCAGCAGCACACCAGUCUGAGAUCCAGGCUGUGCCAGCAUCUGGAAACCUGCUCUGCAAACACAGCCAGCUGUCUGAAGAACUGCCUGUGCGCCUUACAGAGGUGGAACCAAAGCUGCCCUGCAGACUCUGCGUCAGCCUUGCAGGUUGCAUUGCAGGAGGGUAAGACGUUGAAGGAAAGCCUGCAGGAGGCGCUGUCUUGUCAGCAGUUUUUAACAGCCUGUCUGAUGCAUGAGAAGCUUGAGGAACUGCAGAAACAGUGUUUGGAGGCACUUGGAGAAGCAGACAUACACACUACUUCACUAAAUCAAAGCUUAAAGGAACACGAUCAGAAAAGGAAACAACCUGAGAUUCAGCCCUCGGAUGUUUUCCACGGAUCCACAGAGGAUACAAAGAUCUCUGUCGUUGCGCCUCCACGGAAAAAAAAGCUUUCAGUUGAGAAGUGUCAAGUACAGGAAAAGGUUCCUCUGAAAGAGGAGUCUACAUCUGUUAAGGAUGCACUGCUUGAGCCUCCUGAAACACCAAGUGGAACGGAAGUCACAGGAGGCACUGCAGUUUUGGAGCUAACCAGUGCAGAAUUGAGCUCCGAUGAGUUUCAAGGAGCAAACUCAAGAGAAGAAAAAACAGACGAAGAGAUGAAGCUGGUUCCUGAGGAAUCUGCUGCGAUCCAUGCAGUAGCUUUACCUGUGGAUGGAGCAGAGACUUCACCCCAAAACCUCAGGAGACACUCAGGUUCAGAUGAAAUCCAGGCCAUACUGGAAGCUACUGUUGUGGCUGAUGAGCUAAAGCUAGUUUCCCAGCAUGAAUCUGCUAGUUUAGAACUGAAGGAGGUUUUACCACCCAAGAGAAAGUCAAAAAGUCUUCCUCUACAGGAUGCCGAACAGAAAGUAGCCCAGCUCGACGAAAAAACAGGAAGUCAAAGAUUUGCUUUAGAUUUGAGGAAGGAAACAGAAGGUUCAGCCAUAGCAGAAGCAAAACUUAUACCUGCUAGAAGAAAAUCAAAGAGUGGAAUAGCCCAGUCAUCUGAGCUGACCGUUUCCCAUCAUGCAAGUGCUGACAGAGAACAUGACUGCUCAAAACCUUCAGCCUUACUGACUGAGCCCGAAACCACGGACACCAUCCCUGCAGAGGACAAGCCAUCUCCAAGUAAAAGAAGGUCCAAAGAGAGCAAGCAUCUCUCCGAACCAGCUGAUGCAGAACUGACUGAAAGCACACAGGAUUCUGUAGAGCAGGUGCAUUUAAAAACCAAAGAAACAUGUCAGGCUGAGGAAGAAAUCCACAAAAAACAAAAUAAAAAACCCGACUCAUCAGAUGCAAAGACUGCAUCUGAGAAUAUUGAAGAACCAGACUGGGUCGAGCCUUUGCAGAAAACAGAAAACAUUAUUUUGAAAGAAUCAAAAGUCACGCCGCCAAAGAGGAAGUCAAAGGGUGCAGUCAGCCUCUCUGGUGAGAUUAGUUUGGAGCUGAAAGAAACAAGAACCGAUCUUGAUAGUGCUUCUGUGCCUGACCAGUCAGUUACCAUAACCAGUCGUGACGAUGGCACACUCAAGUCUGUCGCUGUAACUUCCCAAGAUCUUUCUGGUGAGACAGAAACACAGACCAUCAAAAAGCCUGACACUUUGAUGAAAGAAGCAUCUGAUGAGGGAACCCCUAACACUGAUCCACAGCCCACAUCCUCUCAGGAGGUGUCUGAAGAUGUGAAAAAAGGAAAGAUUUCGCCACCAAGAAGAAAAGUAAAGGCUCAACAACUCUCCAUACAGAUUGAAACCACAGGUUUGUCUCAGACCAAUGAAGACUCCCAUCUGGUUCAUUCCACAGAACAGAAAGAAGCUGUUCCUGUGGAAAUUAACGAACCCAUAUCAGAAAGAGGGUUCAGGAAUUCCCUAGAAACCACGGAAACUGAGAAAGAAUCUCCAAGUCAUGUUCUGGAUUUAAGUGUUGCAGUAAAACCAAAUGAGCAACCAUCAGCUGUUACAGAAGCAGAAAGUUCCAAUGGUUUUACCAAACCUCUUUACAAAGAGACUUUUUCUGUCCAGGAAUGUGACACUGGGAGGCUUCCCUCUCCUACAGAGCUACCCUGUCUUGUUGCAGAAGACAGCAAGUCCAAGAACACUGAGAGAAAGUCAAAUGAUGUGGACUUUUCCACAGUUUCAGAAUCAGGACUUCAGGAUUUCACUGAUGGAAAGACAGAGUCUUCUUUGGAGGAAGUUGACAAACCUACCACAACUUUGGUCACAAAGAAGACUGACUGUAUUGAUGAUGAUAGUAUGGUUGUUGACAUGAACACGGGUAAGGAGGACACAAGAGAGCAGGCUCUUGGUGAUCAGGACUUGCUUCAGCUGCAGUUGGAGAAAGGAGAUGGUCCACCUCAAAGUGAGUUCCGUAAUCUUGAGUCUGUUUCUAAAACAGCACAGUCUGCUCCAGCAGAAACCACACUUAAUGAAUGCUUAACUGCACAAGAUGACUUAAAUAUAGCUCUGGUGGUUGACAAACAAGAGCAACUAGCCAUCUCAGCUGCAAAUGUUCAGAAGCAAAAAUCUGAUGACCACGAAACAUUUAUAAUAGGUGAAAAACAGGUACUGGAACAACACCCGGCUUCUACUGGUAAACCAGGAGACAUUGAGUUGAAUAGAGCUGAAGUUGAUACUAAAGAGCACAGUCAGCGAGAAUCUUUUGACAUAAUCUCUGCUGAACAAAAUAGAGAUGAUCCAAGACAACUCGUAGACAUGGAAACCAAUCACAGUCCUGCAACUUCAGAUGUUAUUUCUACCUCAAUGACUUGUGAUGUGCAGGAAGAACCAAAGACAGCAGACGAACCCAGAGCAGACGCAACACACAUUGCUGCUGGACAACAUAAGGGUGACGUGUUGUCUCCUUGCACAGAGCACACUGCUGACAUGGGAGAAAGAUUGUCUUUACACACUGACAAGGAGUCAGUUUGUGACUCUCCUGCAGCACUAGACGUGCCCUUCCUAAAAAACCCGGCUGAUGUAGAGACUGAAUCCCAAAGUGGAGCUGAACAGGUUCCAACAGACACAAGUUCGGAAUCUGUGCAGCAGCUUGAACAUGCUGGAAAAGCUGAUUUUGAGUACACCUGGGCUGCAGGUACCCAGAGCAAACUGCAGCAUCCACAAGAUGUAGAGAUUCAAGAAAAGAACGUUUGCGCAAUCGUUCUAGACACAAGUCAAGCAUUUCUACAGACAUCUGGUACUCGUCCCUGUGAAAAGGAUUUUACCGAGACCUGUAAUGAGUUGGAUUUUAGACUAGAGUCAGUAACAUCUGACACUUUGAGCUCUGAGUUUCCAGAACCUGAACACAAGAGUGAUGAUGCUUUAGAACAAUCUGGGUCCAAGUUUAUGGACAGAGAUCUUUUAUCAGAAUCCCAUAUGGAAGCUGCUCCCCGUUCUGAUGAUAAAGACACCUCAGAUAUAAAUAAAUACAUCGAUAAUCUGUAUGAAAGCAUAUGGAAAAACCAAACAGAGGUCCAAAAACGAUACCUGGUACUUAAUGUCCCAGAUAAGAUGAUCUUUCAGACUUGUGAGGCAGACUUUGCUCACAGGUCACAAGAGACUGUGGCUCAAAGUGACACCUCAACAACCCUUCCACAUGCAGCAGCGUGGACUCAGAAAGGACCGACUCUGAUGACAAAAACAAGCCCAUCAGAAGACGACAUGUCUGGACAAAGUGAAACUGGGAAUCGGGUCAAAUUUUCUGAUCAGAAAACGUGUCUGGAAAGACCAGAAAAUGUUUUGGAUUGUCUUGUUGAGAAGGAGCAAAGUGAGGAAUUAACAUAUUACUUGCCUGGUGAACCUGAGAGCCAGGAGAAGGUCUGUGAGGUACGCAUUCUGCAGCUCGAUAUGAGCACCAAUCCUGGGGAGGAGGAGGACAGCAUGUCCUUCAGACUAGGGAGGGAACAAAGAAUCGACAUCACCAAAACCAUUAUCCAGGAUGAAAGUGAACAAGAGACCAGACCAGAAGUUCAAGAUACACUAUCUCCAACAGAUUUAGCCAAACUCCACCCUUCCUCCCAAACAUCACCAGAGCCAAAGACAGAAUUUAUAGAAAUACAGUUGUUUGAGCAAACUGUAGUAGAACCCAGAGAGACUGAGACCCAGACUGAGAAAAUCGAAGCAGUCAAGGAGGAGAGCAGUCAGGAUGAAGAUCCCUCUUCCAUUAUAGAUGGCAGGGAAUCUUCACUAACAUGCCUAGAUGAAGGCUCCAUCUUUUCUAAGAGAGUUCCUAUCGAAGCUGAAGAGUGUGUUCUUUAUAUUGAUAUACAAACAGCUCCAGAAGACCAAGAACACAAUUCUGCUCCCAGAGAAACAGAAAAGAAGAUAAACAUUGUUCAAACCGACAUUCAGACUCAAAGAAUAAACCAAACUUCAACAGAUAGUGUUGCAGAACAUAAAAUAUCUGAGAUGAAGACUGAAGAGCAACAAUCCGGAUGCAAGGACUGUGGGGAUCCGAUACAAAUUUACUCCCACAAGACAAAAAUUAGCUCACGUUCCCCAGAUGUCAUCAAUCACACUCAAACUGAAACAGAGUUCACGAAAACCACGCAGGAAGGACCUGGACAGGACAUAGAAGAGGUCCGAGAAGACCGCCUUGAAGAUCCAGCUCAAAGACUUGAGGUAGAAGAAAAGCUGGUGACGAUCCAGAAGCAGCCUGGCAUGCUGGAUUUCCAAAAGGACAUAAGCAGCAAUCUGCAGGUCCAUCAACCAAACCUUCAGAAGGCAGGUGUUGUAGAUGCUGCUGACGUUCUGCCUGACAGGUCGGAGUCUGCAAUGACUCAAGAGGAGGAUCAAGAAAGCAUCAGUGGCUUCCAGUCAAAGGAUGAUCCUGUGACUACUGGAACAAGUCGUGAACAGCUGCAGCUGACAGAGGAGCACAAGCAGAGACAAAGUAACGUCACCAUGGAGACAUCCCCCGAAAUGAGUCCCACAGAAGUCUUGGAAAAGGAGUUUCAAAACGAGGAGAUGUCAGGUCCUAACAGGACAACGACAGAGGUAUUGGGCACACCAUUGGCUGAGAGGGAAGCUCCUCGCCUGGAAGAGUCUUUUUAUCCGAUAAGUCAAGAACAAGAAGUUUAUUUGAAGGCUGACACAGAAGUCCAAAGGCCUCCAAAGGAAUCAGCACUUAAGAGCAUCUUCUCAGAGAUGCUAACAGGGUCAGAAGUCCCCAGCCUGGAGGAGGACGCCCUGGAGGCUCUGACCACAUCCACCUCUGAUCUUGGACUUUGUCUAAGCAGACUGGUAUUUAAAGUCCAGUCUUUCAAGAACCGUCCAGCGGAGCUCUGCCCAACAGCAAUGACUCGGCAGAUAGAGGAGCUUCAGGAGUGCACAGAGCUUAUCCUGGGGCAGCUGGCAAAGUUCAGUCAGCCAAAGAGAGGAGAGGCAGAACCUGAGGAGCCCCUGAAUGUCCUGUGGAGCUCCGCAGCUCAAGAUGCUGCUGCUGUCAUCCAGAACAAAGAGGUCCAGCUGCAGCUGGUGAUGGAUUACUGCAGACAGAUCCAGGCCGCAAAGACCACAGUGGAGAGGCUGACUGCAGAGCUGGACGCUGCGAAAAGUGUGGAUAUUUCUUCCAGGUCUCCACAAGCGAGCAGCCGAAAGGAGGUGGAGCAUCUUUGCUUUCUACAGAGGAGCAUGGAGGAAAACAGAGCAGUUCUCGGGGAGUUGCUAAUGACCAGCACGAAGCUGUGUCUUCAUCUCAACACGUCCGACCGAGAAGCUGUCCUGACGGAGCAGAAGAGCCUACAGGAAAAGUGGACAUCUCUGGAGAGGACCAUGGAGCACGCUCUUCAACACACCAAUGUCUACUUUCAGCAGAGCAGCAGUCUCCUGUCGGAUCUGUCAGGUCUACAAGACUACCUGGAGAUGACCAAGAACACUCUUGAAAGCAUGUCCUUCUCAGAUGGUCAGUGGAAUUGGAAGGAUGCACAGCAGCUUAUGGAAGCAAAUGCCAAAGUCAGAGGAGCCCAGCAGCAAUACCUCCACUUCCAGCAGCUGUCCACGGAGCUGCUGGUCAGCUCACGCUGGGAGUAUGAAUCAAAGAAUAUUCAUGAUAGGCUCCAGGAGAUCAAAGACAUGCUUCACUUCAUAGAGGAGUCGGUUUCUUCUCGGACCAAGAACCACAGCAACCCCAUCAUGGAGAAAGUGCUCACUGUGAUGAGUGAUGGCCUUACCUGGGCCAAAAAAACUGAGUGUGACAUUGAGUGCAAGAGGAAGAGGGUGCCUCUUCUUCCUGAAGAAGUUCAUUGGCAGUUCAGGGAUCUGAAGAAGCUGCAGUCUGAUGUGAUAACAAAGCAGGACCAGCUGGAGACUCUGGUGGAAGAAGUUGUGGAUCUCCUUCCAUCAUUGGAUCAAGCAGAAGAGGUGCCCAUCAUCCAAACUUCCCUGGACAGCCUUGAGGAAGUCUCUAGGUCCACCUCUGAAAAGCUGUCCCAGGCCAUAAAAGAUGUAGAGUUUGCACUCCAGACCAGAGAAAAGCUUUCUGAGCAAAUUGCUGACCUGGACUCCUGGAUUGUGGCUCAUUUACAGUUAGAAGUGUCAAGAACCACAGACGCUGAGCUCCGGAGUUUUUCCAAACUGAAUCUUAGGCUUCACCAGAUCCAAGGGACCCUCACUGAGGCAGAGAGGCAGGCAGCCAUCUGUGAGGCUCUUCUUAUGACAAGUAGGGACAUUUCAUCCGAGCUCAGUCCGACAGAGGCUUGUCAGCUUUUCGACAAGAUAAAGAACCUCCAAGAAAACAUUGCAGGCAUCAUCAGUAGAGCAAGGUUGAAUAAAGAAGAAAUGGAGGAGCUCAUUCAGACCACAGAUUCAAGGAAGAAGCACUUCACUGUUGUUGAAAAAGGCCUGAGACAGAUGUCUGUGGACCUCUGCAGAUAUGUGUUCCCCAUCACAAAAGAGUCUCUGCAAGCUUUAGAAUCCUUAAAGUGCAUGAUGCUGGAGCACAAGUCCCAAAUUGACCUUCUCAUCCCAUGGAUUUCCCAAGAAAAGACAAGCAAACUGAAUUCUGUUAUUUCUGACCUUCAGAGCAAAAUCCUUAGCCUGGAAAUGAAAGCCAGAGGGCAUGAGAGUUACCUGAACACAAGGAAGUGUGUGGACGAACUCAGGGAGAAGAUUCAUGGCAAAGUUAAAGACAACAGCAGGGAUCUGCAGGAAAUGUGUGAGACACUCCUGAUCCAACUUCCUCUGAUGAAUACGUUGUGUAGGGAAGCUGGCUGCAAACUUCAGAGGAUUUCUCCUGAUCUGAAUCCCUCACAGCUCAUUGUGGAGCAACAGAGGCUCAAGCAAAGUGAGGAGAGACUUAGAACCUGGGAGACGUCUCUUGAAAACAGCAUAGGACUCAUCACAUGUGAGGUGCUGAAAGACAUGGACUUUCAAUUAGAGAAAGAAGCCACUCAGAACUUCCUCACUGUCACCUUUGAAGAGCUACAGGAUGUCCCCUCACUGAAACCAAAUCAAAAGCUGAUUGACCGUGAAUACCAGAGAGUCGUGCGUUUGAAAAAGGUUGUGGAGUCCAGAAUGAGAGUCUUGGAAGUCCUUCAGCAACAAGCACGGCCCAAAGGCCCAAAGUCUCAAGAGCUGAUGGGUUUGAUGAAUGCAGUCCUCAAAGAGUGUGACCAACGGAUGGAGUGUAUCUGGCAGGCCAAGCAGCAUCUGAGCAGCUUUAUUGAUGCUGUUAGUGAUGCAGAUCAGUUCCUGCGGAACACGGAGGUCUCACUGCUGCCCCCGCAGGGCCCCACUGGACCGUGCCGUGAAUUUCUGAAGGAGACCCAGCGUGUUUUGACAUCCUUUGAGAGGCACUUCCAGACCUACAUUGAGCAGCUCCAGAACUGUGCAGCUUCCAGCAAAUAUCUAUGCCCUGAAAAGCUGAAGCUGCUGCACGAAACUGUUGUGAGCCAUCUCCUGGUGAGGAGCUCCACACUCCAGGCACAGGGCCACGUGAAAGAGGAGAGUCUCAGCAGUUGUGCAAAGCAGCACGCAAACUACACCAAGACCCAAGAAGAAAUCCUCCUGAGAGUCAAGACUGCAGAGGAACGUCUGCUAGAGCUGGUCUCUCAGAAGAUGACUUGUCUGGCUGACAGCACGAACCACAAGGAACAACUCACAGCCUUGUCUGAAGACAUGGAGGCCCUGCUGAGGCGUUUUGGGGAACUAAGGGAGUGGUGUCCACAUCAGAGCUGCUGCAGAACCAGGGAGACCAACGCCGCUGCUGUACGGAGGCGUGUGCUGGAGUUGCGUCUUUGCUCGAAUGAGCUGGCCGCUCGCAGCAGACAAAAAGUCUCUGAAUGGAUUAGCGUCUCUCACAGUCUGGAGAAAGCCUCUGAAAUUCUGCAGCAAGUGGAGGCAGAACUUCCAGAGGGAGACGGCUCCAAGCUCUCCAGUGAGGACCUGCAGGACCGGCUGCAGUCCCUGGAGCAGUACCAGGAGCGCGUGGACUGUGAACACCGAGCCCUCUCUGGACUGGAACUGCGAACAGCCAGGCUGUUGGGUGUCCCUGCCCACCUGGGACAAGCUCCUCCCAUCCCAGUCUGUCAGCAGCUGCAAGGAAUGCAGGGCCGAUACAGCAGUGUGAAGCAGAGGAGUAAGGAGGCGCUGCUGUCAGCCAAGCAGGAGCAGGCGGACAGGGAGAAGGUCCGUGAAGAUCUGCAGGUUGUCAGUGCUUGGAUGGAGGCCGCAGGUCGCCUCCUACUGGCCGAAGGGGAGGACAGCAGCACCCAGUUGGUGUACGGGCAGCUGGACGCACACAAGGCUUCACUGCAACGUAUCACAGAGAGCCUCCAGAUGAAAUACAAAGACAAUGACACUUUGGUCCCGCUGGAGAUUGAAAGUCAACUUCAGGAAGUCACAAAUUCACUUGGUCAAAUAGAAUCAAAGGUGGGCGAGGUUUUGAGGAGGAGCGGUCCAAACUACAGGCUUGGGGUGAAGCUGUCUGACAUCCAUGCUGGUCUGACGUCAGUUCAGAGAAGACUGGAGGAGAGAAGCCCCAGUGUGAUGGAGGCAAAGGUCACACAGAAGUGCGUUUGGGAUGAGCUGGACUUGUGGCACUCCCGUCUGGCAGCGCUGGAGGUGGCUGUGCAUGAUCUGGAGGAGCCACAGGAGGUGCUGGUCUUCACAGAGAGACUGGUUGAGGUCCAGCAGCUCUACUCCCUUCUGGCCAAACAGGCUGAGCAAAGGACCACCCUCCUCAGCAAGGUUCCUGCAUGGCUUCAACAGCAUAAGGAGAUGAUCUGCAGCUCUGAGAGCUGGAUGGCUGAGGCGCGCACGUGGCUGGCUGCGCCGUGCACUUACACCACGGCCAAAUGUUUGAGGAACCACGUCAACGCUCUGCAGAUCGUCCUGAACGACGCGGCCCAGAUCCAAGCCACGCUGCAGAGCUUCACCUCUGUACUGACGGAGAUGUCGCAGGUUUACGACACCAUAGUCCUGCAGGAGCAGCUGGAUGAGGCCAGCCUUCAGGUGUCGGCUGUGCAGGACAGCUUUAGCGCGCCGCUGCAUCAGCUGGAGCACGCAGCCGCCGAGGCGGAGGCCAUUGAGAGGGAAGUGAGGCAGAUGGAGAACGAAGUGGCUGACAUCAAGAUGUUGCUAACUUCUCCUGAGACGUUCCCCAGCCCCAGAGAGAGUCGACUGAAGAUGAUUGAGCAGAGGAUUCAGUCCAUGAGGAGAACAGUUGCUGAGAUCCAGAAAUGCAAACCGGGCCUUUGUCUCCCGCUGCAAGCUGAAAACACUCUGAGCGUCUUCACAGUCGUGGAUCAGCUGCAGACUCUGCUGAUGGAGCUGGAGAAGAAAGUUCCUGCUCUGUUCAUCCAGCAGCCUCAAACUCCGGUUCAGACCAAGACGUCAUCCAAGCCGCAGGAGUCCACUGAAGACGUCGAGGAGGAGCAGGGCCAGAUCAGGAUUGCGCAUUUUGAGGAGGACCCACUGAGGAGGUCUGGUGGCAUCCUGCAGACCGUGGAGCAGUCUCCACUUCAACAGAGUCAGCCCCUGAAGCCAGACACCUCUGAGGCCGCGGCCCGGGCGGACCAGAGGGCAGCAGAGGGAGGCAGGGAGGAGCUGAGGGGGGAAGAUGAUGAAGAAAGCGUUUUGUGGAGGCUCUUCGGGUCUUUCCUGGGAGCCCCCUCAAAGGCUUCUGCAGCCGUCUGUGAAGAAUCUGGAGCCGGAGGGAAGCGGGAACUCGCUGCAGCUGACACACAGGGGUCAGAGGAACCGCAGCCGGCUGAGGCGCAGCCGAGGCCCCGCCCCCCUGCAGCUACACUCCACCUGUGUCUGGAACAGGUGAACCGGCUCGAGCUGUGGCUGCUCACAGCGGAGCAGAGCGUGGCGUCUGCUGGAGCUGCCAUGCAGAAAGGCGUAGAAGAGCAGCUCCACACCUACCAGGAGAUGAUUCAGGAGAUCGAGGUGAAGGUCUCCAGCCUGUCAGAGCACAGCUGCGCUCUCGACCUGCAGAAGUCACAUGAGGCGUCCCAGCGAGAGGCGGCCGAGCUUCUGAUCUCCAGACUGGAGCUCCUGAAAGUCAAGCUGGUGUCCUUCCAGCAGCUGCUGCAGGACGGACACGGCGAGGAAAACAUCUGUGACGGAGAGCCAGAAGAACAGAGCUCUCUCCCCCAGACACAGCCCCCCCUUGAGACGGUGCAAAAGCGCAGCAGCGAUGUCCAGGAAAUCUUUUCCUCGCCGCAAAAUACGCUUCUCAGACAAAGCAGCCUGCAGCAACAGAAGGACCUGGAGCUGGAGCUCACGCAGCAGAGGGGGCUCACCCAGGCCGUCGCCCAGCAGGGCAGAGGUCCACCCAACAGCCGAGACUCCGAGGACGGCAGGGAGUCUUCGCUGUGGGGGCUCCCGGCCCGGGCUGCCGUGGGGGAGGACUCUGCUCUGCAGAAGUGGGACGUUCUUCACACUCGGCUGCUCGCUUUAGAGGAGAGCUGCCUGCUUCCUCAGUGUGAGGUGACAGACUCAUCUCUGAAGGCCUUUGAUGGAACAGCAGGAUGCAUGUUCGGCGCAGAAACCCUGAAAGAGGUCCAAACCGUCAUCAGCCGCCUGCAGCUGCUGGAGUUCACAUCUGCACAGCUGCAGAGUGAGGCCGCUGCUGAGGCGGGCUCUCGACUGGCGUUGGACGAGGGUUUGUUUGAUGUGCUGCACGGAGCGGCCCUGUCCCUCUCCUCCAUCAACACUCAGCUGCGCUCCGGCGCUGAGGUGACGGAUGAGGACCAGGCCCGGCUGACAAUCCUGCGGCUACAGAGUCUGUCUGCAGAGCUGGGCAGCCUGAGCAAUGAGCUAACACGUCAGGGGUCGGAGGUCAGCCAUGUCCUGGGCUCAGAGCGCGCUCAGGAGUGUGCAGAAGUGCUCUGCAGAGUCCUUACUGUUGUCCUGACUGCAGUGGAAAAAGGACAGAGGCGGCUGCAGAAACUGCAGGAGGAUGCAGCACAAACACAGAAACUGCUCAAAGAGCUGCAUGAAGACCUCCACUCUAACCAGGUGACUCUUCACCACAGCACUGGCCCGUGUGAAGAAACACUGCAGGAGCAACUCCAGGCUGCUGUUGAGACUCAGGAGUUUCUGCAGCAGAAGGCUGAGCAAACUCAGUCCCUGCUGGAGGAAGCUGAGCAGCAGCAUCUGCCGGUUCUAACCCAGCAGGCCUCACAGCUCCAGGCUGAGUUGGAGGCCGUGCUGGGUGGAGUUCAGUGUCACCGUGAGAAACUGAAGGGCAGCAUGGAGCAGCAGGAGCAGCUGGAGCGGCUGGUCCAAGGCCUGAAGGAGCUGCUCCACCUCGGCUCCGAGCGCUUCACCCUGCAACCAGACAUGGAGCUUCGCAGCAGCUCGGUGCUGCAGCAGCUGAUGAUAGGUCACAUGAAGUUCUUCCGGUUCCUGGGCCAUCAUUUCUACAUCCUGCAACACUUGACUGACAGAGUCCAAAACGGCGCCGACCAGAGGUGGGGGGCUGUCAUAAAGGAGCUGGAGAUGGAGGUCGCCCGGCUGCAGAAGCAGGGACUGGAGAAAGGGAUGAAAAUGCAGGAAACAUCGCAGGUGUGGUCGCAGUGGGAGGAGGACAGCAUGUGGGCAGACCGCCUGCUGAACACCAUCCAGACGUCAUUUUCCAGUACACAGUGGGGGGGUGACUCUGAGGAGAAGGAAUCCCAGGACCGUUCUGCCUACAGGGACCUGUGUGGCGUUUUGAAGGGAAACCAGGCGCGGUUUGCUCACAUGCUGGAAGCGGGACGCUGGCUGCAGACGGUGGGUUGUUGUGGCGUGGGCGUGUCCACCUUCAACCUGGAGACUCGCUGGAAGUCACUUCACAAAAAGCUGGAGAGCGCCUGCGUCAUCUCUGAGAGAACAAGGACUCUAAAAAACGCGUUCCUGCAGGACGCUGCUGCGCUGGGACACUGGAUGAGUGGUGCAAAAGAGCAGACGCACAGAUGGAGCCAGCUUGUCUCCUCGGCCGAUGGGAUGGAUGUCCACCAAAAGCAUGACGUCUGCCUGCAGGCAGUGGCUUUGAUGAAAGAGCUGGAAGCCAAAACCGACCUGAAGGUGACAGUUUUUGGCACGGCCUCCCAGCUAAUCCAUCUGAUGGAAGCAGAAGCAGCCUUGCAUGAAGACGAGGAGAAAACAGCGACAACUUUGGACCUACACCUCAGCGCCAUCAACACUCAGCUGAGGCAGAUAGAGCUGGAGUGGUCCGGUUUGCUGGCAGACCUGCCAGCCGUUCAGAAAGAUCUGUUUAAGCUGUGGAUGGAGGAGUUGUCCCCAAAGGAAGUCCUGCUGGAGCUGCAAGGCUGGAUCACAGCAUCCCAGUCACAGCUGGAGAAGCAUCGCAGUCACACAACCGCCAACCUGACUGACAUCCAGAAAUACUGCAAGGAGUGUCUCACUGAGAUGACUGCCCGCCAGGCCAUAGUGGAUUUUACCAACCAGCAGUUCCAGCUGUGCAGUACAGAGGAAAGCCAGUGGAGGCGCUGUGACGCCAACCAGUUUGCAGAAGAGCAGGGCUGUUUAAAUCAGAAGUGGCUCAACCUGCAGCAAAGGCUUCGUGUACAGCUGAACGACGUGGAACAGCAGCUGAGGGAGCAGAUGGACACACAGACCCGGCGGCAGCAGGUCAACGGCUGGAUCAAGGACCAGAACCGCUGCAUGGACUCAGCUCAGAAACCCAGCAGCAGGACAGAAGUACAGAGACGCAUCAGCAACUGCCAGGAGCUGGAGCAGAAGAUUAAGCAGAAACAUGCAGCCCUUCAGCAGCUAAGAGAGGAGAGCAGCUGUGAUGUUCUUCUUUGGAUAGAUGAGUCCACCCACGCCUGUGCGUCUCUCAGCCUGCAGACUGAAUCCACACGACAAAGGCUAAGCCGGACAGAGCAGCUAUGGACCAGUGUGGAGAACCUGGAGAGACUCAUGGUGCUGAAAUCCAUCAGAGUGUCUCUGACGCUGGAGUAUUUCUGCAGCCCACAGCUCUGCCUGCAGGCUCAGAGGCAUCUGCACGAGAAGCUGCAGCUCCUGCUUCAAGAAGCCUGCUCCUCUGAGGCUGAGUGGGAGGAUCUGCACCAGAGCGUGCUGCGUCUCCGAGAGUUGAUCAGUCCCGCUGCAGCUGCCGUCGUCAGUGAACGGACAGACAGACGCAGGAGCAGCUGGACCAAAGUGUUAGAAGCUCUGGACCGGCAGCUCCUCAGGAGUCAGGAGAUCCUACAGGCCUGGGAAGUUUAUUCUCAGCUGGCUGGGUCUGCCUCGGAGCGACUGCAGGCGCUUCAGCGUGACGUCACCUCAGAGCUGAAAGUUGGACCCAGACAGGAAGCUUCAGUGGAGCAAACGACUGCAGAGACUCACAACGUCCAGGGUCUGCUGAGGAGAACCAAGUGCCUACAGUCUGACCUGGAGGGGGUGCUGAAAGCCUCCAAGGACUUGGUCAGCCUCCUGGAUCCUUCCGCCACCGCUUUGAUCCAAUCAGAGAGCCGCUUACUGUCACGAGGGGUCCUGCGGCUCAGCCAGCAGCUGUCUCAGAGGCUGGGUCAGCUGCAGGAGGAGCUUCAGAGGUUGCAGGAGUUUGAAAAGAUCCUGGAGUCCCUGGAGAAGAGUCUGCAGGUUUGGCAUCAGCGUCUGGACAACAGGGCCGACAUGGACCAGUCUGGCCUACUGGAGCUGAGCGGUCUGUCUGCUGACCUGGACAUCCUGAACGAGCUGGGCCGCAGCCUGAUGCUGGGUGACGUCACCGCCCGCCGUCUGCAGCACAUCAAUCGUGGCUGGGCCGAUGCUUCCUCCAGAGCUGAGGAGGCCUGCAGCGAGCUGCAGACGGAGACGCUGAGGUGUCAGACGUUUGAGCAGAAGUGUGACAGCUGGAUGAGUUUCCUGCAGAGGAUGGAGGACGGUCUGGCUGUGGACAUCGCCGGCUCCUACGGCGGCCUCAGGCAGCAGCUAUGCAUACACAAGCGGUUCCAGGCAGACCUCCUCAUCGCUCACCAGAUUCUACACUCUGUCGUUGCUGAAGCUCUUCUUCUGCUGCAGAAAGGACAGGUGGAGGACAGGAGUGACUUCGUCCUGAAGCUGGCCCGGCUCAGGGAGCUCUGGCAGGGGGCAGUGCAGCGGGCUGAGCAGCGGCGCUCCCUAGUGGAGGGGCUGGUGAAGCACUGGCAUGAGUACAGCCGCAGCCUGAGGAAGCUGCAGACAUUCCUGUCAGACGCUCAGACCCUCCUUCCCCCAGCAGGCCCCGCCCGCUGCAGCCUGCAGCAGAUGCGACACUCCCUGCAGGAGCUGCAGCACACAGAACUGCUGUUCCACAGGUACCAGAGCACCUUUAUCCACACUCUGGAGGUGGGUCGGCAGCUCUUUUCCAUGGGAGACGAGGAGACGCAGAGUCAGCUGCAGAUGGAUCUGGGGGCGCUGCAGGAGGAGUGGGACAACCUCCACAGGCUGCUGGGCAAGCGCCUGGAUGUGACCGAGGCCAUCAUCCAGAACUGGGAGCGCUGUGACGCCGGGGUGCUGGACAGCAUGCUACACCUGACUGAGCUGAGGACCAAACUGAACCGGACCGUGCCGGACUGUGACAGCGAGCUGCAGAGAGCCCAGGAGCUCCAUGAGGAGAUCGAGGACUCCCUGGAGGACUGGGCUGAGAGCCUGACAGAGCUGAGCACCAUCAAGACGGACCUCUCCCAGUACAUCAUCGCAGACGACAUGCUGCUGCUGCAGGAGCAGGUGGAGCACCUUCACUGCCAGUGGGAGGAACUCUGCUUCAAGGUGUCUCUGCGUAAGCAGGAGAUAGCAGACCGCCUGAACGCCUGGAUCAUCUUCAAUGAGAAGAACAAGGAGCUGUGUGACUGGCUGGUGCACAUGGAGAACAAGGUGGCUCACAGCUCCGACCUGAACAUUGAGGAAAUGGUGGAAAAGCUGCAGAAGGACUGCAUGGAGGAGAUGAACCUGUUCAGUGAGAAUAAAACCCACCUGAAGCAGCUGGGAGAACAACUCAUGACAGCCAGCAACAAGACGAAGGACGCCGAGAUCAACAACGCGCUGAAGGACGUCAGCGACCGCUGGCAGCAUCUGUUCGACCACAUCGAUGCCAGGGUGAGAAAACUGAAGGAGACGCUGGUGACAGUGCAGCAGCUCGACAAGAACAUGAGCAACCUGCGCACCUGGCUUUCCCGCAUUGAGGCGGAGCUCGCCAAGCCGGUGGUCUACAGCGUCUGCCACAGUGACGAGAUUCAGAGGAAGUUGGAGGAGCAGCAGGACCUGCAGCGUGACAUCGAGCAGCACUCGGAGAGCGUGGCGGCAGUGCUCACCCUCUGCGACGUCCUGCUUCACGAUGCUGACGCCUGCAGCCCCGACUCUGAGAACGACUCCAUCCAGCAGACCACCCACAGCCUGGACUGCCGCUGGAGGAACAUCUGCGCCAUGUCCAUGGAGAGGAGGAUGAGAAUUGAAGAAACCUGGCGUCUCUGGCGUAAGUUUCUAGAUGACUACUCCCGCUUUGAAGACUGGCUGAAGACUGCUGAGCUGACCGCUGCCAGCCCCGGUUCUGCUGACGUCCUCUACACCAGUGCCAAAGAGGAGCUAAAACGCUUUGAGGCGUUCCAGCGGCAGGUUCAGGAGCGGCACACCCAGCUAGAGCUGGUCAACAAACAGUACCGUCGUCUGGCCCGAGAGAACCGCACUGACAGUGCGAGUAGACUCAAGGGUAUGGUCAAUGAUGGGAACCAGCGAUGGGACUGCCUGCAGAGGAGGGUGGCAGCCAUUCUUCGCAGACUGAAGCACUUCACCUCACAGAGAGAGGAGUUUGAAGGAAGCAGAGAGGCCAUCUUGAUGUGGCUGACGGAGAUGGACCUGCAGCUAACCAACGUGGAGCAUUUCUCUGAGAGCGACAUCGAAGACAAGAUGAGGCAGCUGAACGCCUUCCAGCAGGAGAUCACCCUGAACACCAACAAGAUCGAUGCCCUGAUUGUGUUUGGGGAGAACCUGAUUCAGAAGAGCACUCCACUGGAUGCUGUGCUGAUCGAGGAUGAGCUGGAGGAGCUCCACUCCUACUGCCAGGAGGUGUUCGGCAGGGUGGCUCGCUUCCAUAACCGUCUGGUCCACAGACGACCGGUUCUGGAUGAAGACAAGGAGAUGUCGGACCAUGACACUGACCUCCGUGACCCUCCUGAAAUCUCGAAUGAGCCCUCCUGGUCCGAUUCCAGAGGGAUUCAGGCAGAAGACGCAGUUCCAGGAGCAGAGGGAGUCUCGGCUGGACAGCAGGCCAUGUGUCACCUCCUGGUCCCUCCUCUGGACCGGUCUGGUAGAGAGACUCCCGUCAGCGUGGACUCCAUCCCACUGGAGUGGGACCACACCGUGGAUGUGGGGGGGUCGUCGUCACACGAGGAGGACGAGGAUGCUGCGUUCUUCAGCGCUCUGUCAGUCUCUGGAACAAAGUCAGUGACUGAUCCACCGAGCUGGCAUCAGCCUGGAUCCCCGCAGGCCAAAAGAGGAACCCUGCCGGUCCCGGGCCGCUCUCCAACUCCCAGCAGCGGCGCUUCCUUCCACCAGCAGGGCUAUGGGAAGCUGAUGUCAGAGUGCAGCGGCAGCAUCAGCAGCUUGAACAGAGUGAAACUGAUCCUCAACGACGACGAGGAGCUGGAGGAGGCUGGUCUGACCAGCAGCAGCCGGCAGACCAGCACAGGUGUGAUAGAGCGCUGGGAGCUUCUACAAGCGCCAAAGUUCUCAGGGGAAACGGGCAACAAGCAGGACCUGAAGCGGUGGCGCAAACUCAACUCUAAACUCAACGAUGUCACUUCCUGUCUGUCUGGAAUGCUGGCUGAGCUGAACAGAUUGCAGAAAAUGGCUCCGUCCACCAGCAUCCAGGACAUCGAGGUCAACGUCAAGAAGCUGAAGGAGAUGCAGAAAACCUUCAACAGCCACAAGUGUCUAAUGAUCUCCAUCAACCUGAGCCGCCAGCAGUUCCUACGAGGCGACAGCGCCGAGCUGCAGGAGCUGCAGAAGGCCCUCAACUCAGCCAACCAGAGCUGGAACCGAGCCUGCAGCGGCCUGGAGAGCUGGGAGAGAAGGCUGCGCUCUACUCUGCUGGAGUGUCAGGAGUUUCAUGAGGCGCUGCGCUCACUGCUCCUGUGGCUGUCUCAGGCUGAGAGCAAACUCUGCUCAGUCAACAUCCAUGGGAAGUCCAUCCCACUCUGCACCCUGAUGGAGCAUCGAGACACCCUGAUGGCUCUGCAGGAGGAGCUGAGCUGGAGGCAGCAGCAGGUCUCUGCGCUGCAGCAGGUCUCCUCUCCGCUCCUGUUGGAGGCCAGUGGCGAGGACAGUUUGGAGGCCAAAGAGAAAGUCCACGUGGUCGGCAGCCAACUUCAUCGGAUGACGCUGAAAGUGUCUGCAGCUCUGCGUUCACUGCAGGGCAGACUGGAGGAGACCAGUUCACAGGCAGCUACAGGAGGACAACCAGUAACUGAAAGGCUACACGACAGCGGGGAGAGGAAGCACGCUCCACCACAGCCACACUUCCUCCACCGAGUGCUCCGGGCCGCCUUCCACCUCCACCUGCUCUUCUUUGUGCUCCUGGUUCUGAUCUGCCUGGUGCCGCCGUCUGAAGACCCCUCCAGCUGUAAGCUGUCCAACAACUUUGCCCGAUCCUUCCAGCCCAUGCUGCACUACACCAAUGGGCCCCCGCCCACCUGAGCAGGACCCCCACCUUUUUUCCUUUCAAACAGGCACUUGCAUGAGAAACGUGCUCUGUCUAAACCUCAACUCACCUUUGUAUUUAAAAAUAUGUAUUUAUUGGCCAUACGAGCAGUUUGCUGUAACGUUUUUGACCUUUUCAUGGAGUUUUCAUACAGCGGUUUAAUAUUUAUGAAUGUGUAGAUGAAAAACUGUUGAAACCAAAGCACAACAAUCCACAAAUUCGAUUUUUUCAUGACAGGAGGGUUCUGUUUUUAUCCUGUUUCUGGGAAAUCUGUUUUACAAGGAAAGCUUUGAGGCGCGGCACACUGACCCAUCCUCAUCCGUCUGGGUUUUUCUUGAACAAAAACGUUGAAAUCCAGAGAGCGUCUGCAUGAAACCCUCAGCUCGGACUCCCCUGCUUUUGGAUUAGAUCUGAACUGUGGAUUGUAAAAGCGGUGAAACGGCAUCCAGUCGUUUGAUUCCACAGAAACAACAAGAAGUUUGAGAAGUUUCCUUUAUUUAGUUUGAUCUUUGUCAGAACGGACUGAUAUUAAACGUGUUGAUGUUGUGG